CCCCAAAACGUUGGCCUUCAAUUUCCUCCGUCUCCGAUAUCGUUUCAGAUAAAAUGCUUCAGUUAUUUCUAUCUCAACCAUCUUGGAAGGAAAAUGCAACUGACGAAUCAGUUGAGCAGAGAAAAGCUCUUCUGAAUGAGCUAGAAUCAGUCAUCUGGUCACUGAUGUUGGUGGAAGGGCGAUCUGAGUGUCGGCUUUGGCUUUCUAAUGCAGUCGCAGAGAUGAGGUCUAUAACACCACGUAAUCAACGCGAGUUAUUCAUGACUUUAUUGAGGUCUAAGCCUCUAAAACAGCCCUUAGUUGGACAACUUCUACAAUUGCUUUUCCAGAAGGAACCUCAGAAAGCAGGGCUUAUCAUUGCAAAGAAAUGUUUUUUAUUAGAAAAUUUCUUCAAAGGAAACAGAAAUCGUAUUUUGCAGUGGUUCUCUAAUUUUGCUAGUAGUGGUUAUGUGGACCAUACAAAGGGGGCUAAGGCACUGUCCCAGUUUGCUUUUGUGAAUAGAGACAUAUGUUGGGAGGAACUCGAGUGGAAGGGGAAACAUGGGCAAUCACCUGCAAUGGUUGCCACUAAGCCUCACUAUUUUCUUGAUCUGGAUGUCGAACGAACAGUGGAGAAUUUUCUUGAGUAUGUUCCUGAAUUUUGGUCAUCUAAGGAAUUUGCCGAGUCACUAAGAGAUGGUGAUAUUCUGACCAUUGAUAAUAAUUUUUUUAUCAAUAUGUUUGUUGACUUGAUGUACAAGGAUAAUUUGAAAGAAGUAUGGGAAAUUAUAGAUGAGUUUCUGAUUGAGCAAUCUUUCUCUUUCUUAUGUCAACACCUUCUCAUCAUUCUUGAGGAACAAGAUCUAAUGGUUUUCUUGGAUUUACUCCAAAGUUAUGUUAAACCAAGCUUGCAAAAGAAGAAUUGCCAUGAUUCUCUUGAUCAAGUGCUGAAGAUCAUCCUCUCCAAGUGUGAUGGCAAUAAUUCUCUUGAUCAGUUGCUUCUCUUGAAUGCAGUUGCUACUCAAAGUCGGCAGCUUAUACGAUUUAUACGUGAAGAAGGUAGUCAGGAGCAAAAGGAGAAGGUUAAGCAUGUUGUUUUCCAAAUUUGUAAACCAACAAACCCUAAAGAUACAUUUACACCAAUUCUGAGGGAAUGCUUCAGAAGAAAAUCUUUAGAGACUAUCAAAUGGUUGGGACUGCAGUCUUGGGCUUUCUGCUGUUACUUAUCUGAGGAUUUCAGAAAUUCCAGUUCCUGGGAAAACUUAUUUGUUUGCAACAAUAUAAGCUUCCGCAAAUCCAAGAGUUAUCCAAUAUUAGAUCAUGAUCAUCUUCUGGAAGAAAGUGAGUCUGAGCAGGACAAUAGAUCAGCCAGAAAUAAGCGCAAGAAAAGGCAAAAACACAGAAAGAAAAAGAGAAGGGAUAUUGACUUUGAGGAAUUAAAUGGGGAUGAAUUUGCCGAUGUAAUUACAAAUCGACUGGAGUUGCAUUCGACAUCUGGUGACUGGUUGCUUUCUACUGAUGGGUAUUCUACUACUUGGAGCAGCGUGGACCUACCUGAGCAUAUAUCAAAACAUUGCUUCUUCACGUGGAUGAAGUGGGUUUUUACUGAAUGAAUAGAUGAUUAUUCACUCUUCGCAUGGAGUUGUUAUGAUACGACAAAAAGAUUAUGGUCAUGUGCUUUCUGCAUGCACCUUCUGAUGGAAGAAUUUGAAGGUUUAGUUGAUCAGAGCUUCAACUGCUCUCUUUUCUGUGUCCAUCAUUUAAUUUUUCUUUUUUGGGUUUUUCUUUAGGGACAGACUGAGUGAUACUACUCAGAAUUUGUGAUACUUGUGGCUAUCACCUAACCUUAUUUUGUAUUUGAUUUUUGAGAUUUGCAGGUGGAUUGGACAAGUAGCACAAGUGCCGGUUCUUGAUUUAUCACUCUGGUUCUAUGUAGAGGAAGAAUCUGUUAAAAUGGUUUUGUUCUACGUGAUUGCAACUUUCUAUUUCCUUACCUUGGAGUCCUGCCUUGUAAGUCAAGUAUCUGCCCAAGUAGUGAUUGUAAAGGUAACGGUGAGUAUGUGGACAUUGCAGGUUUAAGGUCAGGUUCUUCCUUGGCUGCUUAUGUGCUUCAGGCUCAGCCUAAUAUCCCUUUCUUCCUACCAAGUCUCCAAUGGGCAGAGUUCCUUUAUUACAAUUUGCCAGUGCCCAGGAAAUCCGGAAGUUUCUUUUCCAUCUAGUUUAGGUAACAAUUAAAAGUUUACAACUACUUCUGCAGGGCCUUAUAAACUUGAAAACAAGAAAAUAAUUAAAUUGGCCAGCUUUGACUCCUUUAGAUUGUAUUCUGACUGCACUCAAUUCACCUCUAGAUUCUUCGCUUUCUGUUGAUCUUGAUUAAUUAGUUCAAAUUUAGUUUUUUUUU